AACUCAGGUAUUGGCCAUCUGAUUUUAAUGAACGAUCGAACUACGGGCAUGUAGAUUUGGAAGCAACAUACCUGAAUACACACGAUGCAUAUACUCAUAUGAAAAUGAACAUCUGCAACAGCGUAACGAAAAGAACUAUAAACCACUUUCAAUGCGCACCAGUGUCCACGUUUAGUCCAGAUGGAUUCGUUGACUUUGUUAAGUGUGUGAGAUCAAACGUUAAGAAUGGGCGUAUCCUUUUGCACUCAAGCGAAGGUCUGGCAUCUACCAUUCCGUUCGUGGUAUUGGAUACAUGUAUACAGCAACUUUCUGAUGGGGCCAUGGCAGAGAAAGUAGACGUCUAUAAAAUGUUGGUGAAUAUUGUGAAGACCCGCAAAGACCUUAUGCCUCCACAGGAAUUGUUUAUUUUUACCCAUGACUGCGUGCAAGGUCUCGGAAGUUGUGACUACGAAUCGCUCCAAAACACGAAACAAAUUGAAAGUGUUUAUCAAACGCUGCAAGUCGAUGACUGAGGUCCGAAGCUAGGUCUGCUGCUGAAUUCAUUCUUAACCAGACUCAUUGUAUCCAAGUGAUUAUAGGACAGUAAUGCUUAUAUAGGAAAUAGUAGUGUUGUGAUAUAUUAUAUUGCCUUAUAUAUCUGC